CAUGUAUGAAAAUGAAGUAACGAAACACAGAGCAGACGUGAACUUCAGGAUCUUUGCAAUUAUUUCCAUUUGUCAACAAACGAAAACGUGAAAAAUGAACUUGCAAAUUUUAACUAGGUUCCAAGGAACUGUAAAUAACUUAGUUAAAAGAGCCUUUACACCCAUGAUCAACUGCAGAGGGAUUCAUGGUAUUUGCAAGUCAAUUUUUACACCUCAACCAAUUGUCAGCAAUUGGAGUGUUUCAACAGAGACACAAUUUUUGACUCCAAUAAUACCUCAAUUCAAUCAAGUAUGCGGUAUGAAACAAAGAGGUAAACCUCAACUUCGUUGCAAAGGCUGCUUUUAUGUUGCCAAAGAAGGAAGGCUAUUUGUUUAUUGCAGACUUAAGCCUCGACAUAAGCAAAUGUCGAUGCAAAAAUCAUUUAAGUAUAGAAGGAUCCUCACAUUUGCAUACCAAAAGAAAGAAAGAGAUUGGUAGUGACUUAAUUCUGUUGUAUAAUACUUAUAGUUGUAAUGUUAUAUAUAAUAUGUAAAAUAAAACAUAAUUUGUUACAUUUAAUAGAGA